ACGGGUCCCGCUCCCGUGUUACGGUUUCUGAUUGCGACGUGGUAAGUGUAAUGUUAUUACGCGGAGGACAAUCUUGUCAUUUCCUCUCUCACUUCCUAACAGACACACAGCUCCUACUGUGAAGAGGGGAAGAAAGAAAAACAGAAACAAACUCCCAUCCCAUCAUCAUUCACUUCUUUCGGUUGUUGUUGUUCUUCGGUUUGGUCUCAACUCAACCGAAUCACCUAACACCCACUCCUGGAUGCAUUAGACAACAAUGGAGGAUUCCGAGAAAUUGACGGCGUUGAAGAAGGCUUACGCCGAUAUCAUCCUCAACACGGCGAAGGAGGCCGCGGCGCGUAUCAUGGUGUCGGAGCGGAAAGCCUCGCGCUUUCAGCAGGAACUUGUUUCUACCAAGGAAGAAGCACUUCAAAUGCUGCUUAGGCUCAAACAAAUGUUCGAUUCUAAGAUAUUUGGUUCUGAUCCAUCUUGUGCUGACUACCUGAAAAGUUUGAUUGAGGCGCUUUUUCAACAUACAACACGUCUUCUCACAAAUAUUCAGGAAUUCACAGCCCGUCCUGAUAUAGCCGAUGAUUGUUUCUUGUUGGCAUCAAGGUGUAUUCGCUACUGUCCUCAACUGUUUAUUCCCUCAUCUGUUUUUCCUUCUUUAGUUGAUUGCUCUAUGAUUGGCAUCACAGUACAGCAUAGGGAGGCUUCUAAUUCCAUAUUGCAUUUCUUGGCUGAUAUUUUUGAUCUUGCAAAUUCCUCUGUGGGGGAGCAAUUUAUUCCAAUAAGAGACGGUGUAAUUAUUCCUCGAGGUGCCAGCAUCACCAGAAUUUUGGUUGCUUCAUUAACGGGAGCACUUCCAAAAUCUCGAGUGGACGUGGUAUCUUAUACGCUACUGGCCUUAACUCGAUCAUAUGGGAUGCAAGCGCUGGAAUGGGCUAAAAAGAGUGUUUUAUUAAUUCCGUCGACAGCUGUUACAGACGUGGAGCGAUCAAGAUUCCUAAAAGCUCUUUCUGAUGCAGCAUCCGGAGGUGAUACUAAUGGGCUUACCGUUCCUGUUGAAGAGCUCUCAGAUGUUUGCCGACGUAACAGAUCAGUUCAGGAAAUAGUUCAAGAAGCUUUGAGACCGCUUGAGUUGAACAUGGUGAAUGUAUCAUAGACGAUUGGUAAUGCCUGUGAUAGGGAGGGCCAUUUUGUUUAGGUCCUGUCUGUUAGCUAGGCUAGUUGGUUGUGUAUUAUCUAUCUGUUAUAUUCUUUUCUUUUUUUAUCUAUUAUCAUUCUCCAAUUUUUCAGGAGAAUUUGCCCCUGCAUGAUCUGUUGUGUUGGCCGGAAGAAAUUAAAAUGGGUGUUGUAUCUUUUAUUUGUCUUGAGAUGUGGGAUUGGUGAGUGAUGUUUGUCCCGGUUGUCAUUUUUGGGGGGAGGGAGGUUACAUGGUAUACAAUUGUAAUUUAAUGGAAACAGAAAAAGUGGGGGGAAAUAGAGAACAUUGAUAAGUUGUUUCAAUUUUUUAAGUUUGGAAUGAAUAUGGAAUUUGGAAUC